AUUCGAAGCACGAAGAACGUAUUUCACGUGCCUUGGUGACGUGGGAAUUAUCAAGCAGAAUUCGAUUAUUUAUUGUUACUCCUUCGUUUGAGUCUCCGUCUUUCGCAUCGCGGGCGAAAGAGACAAAGAUGUGAAAAUCUCGUCCUGAGUCUCAUCGACCUCGUUCCCAAUGACGAUCAUAUACACGAAGAAGAUCACCACUUCAGGAUACUACGGCGGAUUCUUCCAGUUCCUCUGCAGGUGGAAAGGGAGCGUGUACAAGUCGGUGUGGAAAGAUGUCCUCUUCUGGCUGCUCGUUUACUACAUCCUCCGCGUCAUUUACACGGGGAUGCUCUCCGAAGAGGGACGAAAACUCCUUUUGCAGUCGGAGAUGGCGCUGAAGUACCGUUUGGCGAUAAUGCGCUACAUCCACCUGGGAGUCAUCAUCUGCAUGCAAACCCUGAGCACCCGAGCCGAGAAGCACUUCGGGGAACUGGAGGACCUCCUCGACGAGCAAUGCCCCUCGUGCAGAUCCAAAGAGGGAAAGUCUUCGCAUCCUGGCUCUCCUUGCAUCAGAGACAAACCGGGCUACAUCCCACGCAUGCUGACGGAGGAAGAGAAGGAUAUCCUGGAGGAUUUAGGCCGUGUCUACGGGAGCGAGAAGCCACCCUAUUGGAUCCCGUUGGUGUGGGCGUGUCGCGUGGCGGAGGAGGCCAGAAGCAAGGGGCUCGUUGGCACAAGCCUGGGGCUUCAGAGCAUCAUCUCAGAGAUCCGUGGCGUCCGAACUCGACUCGGACAGUGUCGGGACAUGGAAAAUAUCAACAUCCCGCUCGUUUACACCCAGGUGGUGACGAUGGGGUGCUACACGUGGUGGAUCGUGUCUCUCAUUGCGAGCCAGUUCAUAGAGCAGGACGGGAUGGACAUCUAUUUCCCGAUUUUCUCGGUCUUGCAGUUGGUGUUCUUCAUGGGCUGGCUGAAGGUGGCUGAGAUGCUCAUCAACCCGUUCGGCGAGGACGAGGACGAUUUCGACGUUGAUGACAUCGUCGAACGGAACAUCAAGAUCCCUUUCCCAGUUCUGGGCUCCCUGAAUGGAUGUUGGAUGUACUCCAGAUCCUUGGAUUGCAGCUUACUUUCUGCUUCUUCUAAUGAUGGCAGUGUCACAUGGCAGGAAUUUGAUAAUUUCUUUGUCUUGAUCCUUAUUGUUAAGGAUGGAAACAUAUUGGAGGAAAAGCUUAGGAGGAGUAUGCUGGAUCUUGUUUACUCUGCACUGGUUCUUUCUCUGGGCUCUGAUCUCAUGUCAUCAUCCACAAGUGUGGAAAAGCUGAAGAGGGAGAUGAGGAGUUGCUAUCGUGUCAUUGACCUGAUCCUGAGAGACAUGGCAGCUGCAUCCACAGCUUCAUCCCUUGCCACCAUCUGCCUCAAGCCCUUCUACUCCCCAUAUUGUCCUGAUGACUUGCAGAAAAUGAAGACCUAUUUGGAGUCAUUCUGUGGUUCAUUUGACAUUGCAUAUGGAUGCAUGUUGCACCAUGGAGUGGCUGUGGCAUGCACAGAUGCAUGGAGAGAGCUUCUGUCAUCACAUGAGGCCUUGCUCCUCUCCAUCUGGGUUCGGUGUCUCCAACCAAUCUCUGCCUGUGAUACUCCCCUCUUCCUCCCACAUAAGAGCCCCAAGGUACCUUUCCGCCUGCUGUGCUUCCGUUUGAUCGGUGGUGAGCCAUUGCACCUAUGUCUUCUCUGUGGAUCAACUCCAAACUUUUCAGACGUCCUGAAGCAGAUCAACCCCUUUUGGAGACCCCAUCUUCAGUUUAUGAAGGGCAUGAAGAGCCAGUUCCGUAGUCUGACCUUCAAAACUGAUCCUUAUUUCUUAGGGUUUGUGCUGUUGGAUGAAGGGAAAAAUUGGGGAACAGUGCAGGUGGAAGAGAGCGAUGAAGAUGGAACAUCUGCCAAAGAGAAAAUUGAAGCUUUGAGAUCCUUUCAUAUCCGAUUCUCUCCUCUAUUGGAUCCUCCCACCUCUGACUCAGGAGAGAUUCCUGUAUCAGAGACGUACGAGAUAGGGCCUGUUUUUGCCUGCUAUGCACUCAAUGUAUCACCCUUUCGGAUGUAUGCCCUUUUCAAGAAGUCCAUCACUCCGCAUCAUAUGAGGGUCGCAUCGAGGCACACCCUGGAGAAAAUUCUCAAAAGCAAAUUGGUGACCUAAGCUGAUACUGAUCAGAUGAGUUACACUGAGAACCAUACUGUGAUUCCAUGUACAAACUUUUUGAAAGUUCAUCUUCUAUCCUUUUUCACUUUUCUAUUCACGUUUGAUUUUUUUUCACCAAGACAAUCAAUAAAGG